AUGGGUUUAUUGGACCACAAAUACUCCUUCGACGAAUCGGAGGAAAGUAGAUACACGCUGUUUGUGAAUUUCGCCUUUUGUGUCUAUGUCGAUCGACAGCACAAUGAUGAAAGUAUGUACACUCCGAUACUUGUUAUUUUGCGAAGCUCCUAUUUUUCAGAGUGUCCGCCAUAUGUCUUAAAACAAAUGGUAGCUCAUUGUGUCGAAAAAAGUUCUUAUGGCAAAAGCUCAUUUUGUGGCGCAAACAAUGCUAACUACGAGAGAUUAUUGCCACAGAAUACUACGACAACCACUUCAACGACAAGUACAACAAUGAAACCAGUGGAAACAACGACUAGUUCUUUUCCCGCUUCUGCAUUUUUUGGUGGUGCUGUUGGAGCUCAGGUACAAAUACUACUGGAACAACAGGAACAGGAACUACAAACACGGGAAAAACCAAGAAUAAGAAGAAAGAUAAAAAGAGAAAGGAUAAGAAGGUUAAAAAGACUAAGAAGUCAAAAAAUACUACGGAGACCAACACCGCCACGGCUUAUUGAGAAAUUGGUCUUGAACAACUUACUUGUACAAAAUGUUUCAACGUUUCCGCCUUGCAUUAACUCUCAUUACAAAAUAGCUACUACUUCGACCACGACGACAACAACUACAACCACCACAGUUGCGACUACAACCAAAGAUAAUUCGUUUCCAUUCGCUACCACGAUGGGAGGAUUUUUGAUUGGAGCUGCAGUUGCGGUUGUUCUCAUGUUCUUCAUUUCUUACAUUUUCAAAAAGAAGGGCAAAAAGCAAGAAGGUGGUACUACCACUACAGGAGAAGCAAAGAAGCAUAAGAAAAACAAGAAAAAUAAGAACGGAAAAACAUCUGGAACCACUACAAAAGAUGGAACUACUGCAAUCUGGGGCCACGAGGCUUAUGUUCAUAUCACUGGACAACUCUUCUGCAAUGGAACACCAUAUCAACACGAGAAAGUGACUCUUUGGGAGAAGAAUUAUGUGUUUGCUGAUAGCUUUGGAGCAAAGACCAAGACCGAUCCGAAUGGGUAUUUCGAACUGAAAGCUACUCUUAAUGAUGCGAUGUACUUCCCCAAACCCUACUUUUAUAUGAUCAACUGGUGUAUGGAGAAGCAGUGGUGGAAUGAUGAUAAUGGUGACAAAUUGGUGUGUUCGGACUCACUGAAGGUGUUCGUUCCAGCGCAAUACAUAAAUAACGAGUCGACAGCAAUAAUUAAGUGGGAGAUGAAUCGAGUUGAGCUGACACAGGUGGAAACUCAAUUCGCUGGACUGGAAGCUGUGUUGAAAGGAGUCAUGGGGCAAAAAGGAGAGUGUCGUCGGAUUCUGAAGGAGGAUCGCAAGGACACGCCGAUCUAA